UCUCCGGUUUCUCAUCUCAAGAAACAUGAGAUUCAGUUUUCUACGGGUUCUAUAACCGAUAGAUUCAGUUCUCCGUUCAAGAGUACUGCCAAAAGACAACUCUUCGGUUCGAUGAAAGCCGACGCGCCGACCACUUCAACGGCCGGUGCCUCACAAAUGGGACAUAUCGUGCAAAUGAUGAUUCCGGCCAAUACACAGAAUGGAGAGAUUCGGUACAUUCAGGUGCCGGCUAUUGCUCUGACUAUCGCGCAAAACACAACCAAUCAAAUAGAAUCGCCGGUCACUGAAAAUGGUAAACCAAUGAAGUCCGGACCGAUUGGCCUAUUCUUCAGAAAGGUAUAUACAAUGGCUGGACUCAGACUUAGAGAUUUAUGCGAACGCCUAAACAUAUGCGAUGAAGACAUUCGCAAAAAGAUCUGGACUUGUUUUGAGCACUCUCUCCGACAGCACACGGAUCUCAUGCGAACAACCAUUGACUCUGAUGUGACCAAGACAUUCCGAUACCUGUCCACCAUUACCAAUACCAGUACUGUUUCUCAGCGCAAGUUGUUUAAGUUAAAAACGGAAAUACGUGUCAACCCGUAUACUAGUCUAUUGAUCCACGAUAUGGCCCGCAAGCGAUACCAUUGA